AUGCAGGACAAUCAAAGGGAAAGGGAAAUGCAGGAACUUCAUGAGAGACUCAAGGAAACUCAAGAACAAAUGUCCGACCUGCGCAGGUUGAUCUCGAGAACGCACAGACAUACCUUGCAAGAGCUCGAAGACCUCCGCAGAAUCGAUGAGCUAUUGACUAAAUACCCCUUUCUACCCUAUCUGCCAGUUAUAUUGGUCUGCAUACUGAUAGUACCUGUAAUGGUGCCUAGCAAGGAUGAAGUUGAAGAACGGAAGAGAUCAACUGCUAGUCAAGAAGAAGAAGAGACCUAG